AUGUUCUUAAAACGUGAAGCUCCACAAAGUUCCAACAAAUUCAAUUCAAAUAGGUAUAUCACCAUCCUCUAUCCAUUCAGAAAGGACACUCGUGCACAAGUACCCUCCUUUGAGAAUCUUCAAGCAAGAAUCAGAGACUUCUCCUACUCCCGUCUCUCCAAUGUUGUUACCACUUAACCCUAAAGAAGCGAACCCACUUACUCCCCUUACAAAGCUCAAGGCCUUCAAUAAAAAAUUACCGAUACUUUGGGACCACGCACUAAGUCCUUCAAUAGUGGACACAAGUGGAGAGAAUCCUUCCAAUCUCCUUCCAUUUCUUCCCAAUCCCCCUUCAAAUUCGUUCAAUCCCCACCUUAAAUCAAAUACAGUAUAGAAACAGAAUCAUACACCAAUAAACCCUCUGAUUCUUUCAAAUAUGAUUCCUUUCGAACAUCCUCUGAACAAUACAAAAAAAGACAGGGACGCAGUCUUGCAGAUGUGGUUUAAUUGAAUGAAAUUGUGGCACUCAGAAAUAAAAUUGAAUCAUCCUAUGUCAGCAGAAGCACGUUGACCUCAACUUAUGUGAGUGAACUAGUUAAGUUAGCAUAAGCAAUAACUACCUCAUUGAAAAAUGAAUGA